AUGUUGUUCGCGAUAUGGGCUGUCCUGGCUUCGGUGGUAGUUGUGCCAGUUCUGGCUGAUACUUCUACGGGUUUAACGCUUCCUGCAUGUGCGGAAACUUGCUUUACGGAUGCAUUGAAGACUUCCGACUGCUCUGCCGGCAGGGUAGAGUGUCUCUGCACUGAUGCUGUGUUGUACGGAGAACUCGUUUCCUGUGCAAAGGAGAGUUGUAUGCCAAAGGAUACUCUGGUGACUCUUAAUACUACAUCUACUACUUGCCAUCUUCCCAUCCGUGACGAAAGACCGCCACUGGUUCGCAUGGCAAUUGCAUUUCUUAGCGUUACCAGUGUCAUAGUUGGUCUUCGUAUUUACCAACGCAUUUGGUUUCGUGCUGGGCUUAAUUCUGACGACCAUCUCAUCAUACUAUCCUAUCUUUGCGGGAUACCAAGUACUGUUAUUCUUAUCGUUGGGCUUGGGGGAAAUGGCCUUGGGCGAGACGUAUGGACCGUAUCCUUUGACCAGGUCACCAACUUUCUUUACUACAUGUAUAUAAACGAAGUGCUCUACUUUACACAAGUAUUCACAGUCAAGUUGUCCAUCCUCGCCUUUUACCUGCGCCUCUUCCCCGGAACCACAAUCCGCCGACUCAUCUGGGGCACCAUCGGCGUCACAUGCUCCUUCAUCCUCAUAUACGACUUCAUCACCAUCUUCCAAUGCCAGCCCGUGACCCACUACUGGCUAGGCUGGACUGGGGAACAAGAAGGACGCUGUCUCAGCGUCAACGCUCUCGUUUGGGCAAACGCUGCGUCGAGCAUCUUCCUCGACGCAUGGAUGCUGGGCCUUCCGCUAUCCCAGCUGAGAAGCCUACAAUUACACUGGAAGAAGAAGAUUGGCGUUGCCCUCAUGUUUAGCGUGGGAAUAUUUGUCACCGCCGUCAGCAUCCUCCGACUCCAGUUCCUCGUUCGGUUCGGAAGCUCCGCAAACCCGACGUGGGACAUGUAUCCAACCAGUUACUGGUCGUGUGUUGAGUUGAACGUCAGUGUAUGCUGUGCGUGUAUGCCGAGCAUGCGGCUUGUACUGGAGCGUUUGUUCCCGCGGAUGUUGGGCUCCACGAGGGAUAGACUGCAUGAUUCGCCGCCUAUAAGUCUGUCGAGGCAUCGACGUGCCAUUCGGAGUGCGGAUCCGGACCCGACCUCGAAGAUUAUACAGUCUAGGGAAUUUCAGGUUGAGUAUUUUACGGAUGGGGAGGGGUCAGAGGGGAGUAGGAAGGAGGUUUCGAGAUGGGAGACGAGUGGCCGGAGGGCUGGGUAA